AUCUGUUAAACAGUCAGACUGAAACUCUCCGCUCAUUUCUACCCUGAACCCUGUUUAGUCAUAUAUUCAUCAAGUUAAAAGGUAGAAAUUACCGAAAGGAAGACUUCACGUAAACUGACGUGGAAGUAGGGCUUGCCUGAGAUCUUUGCGCAGCCCGUUCAGCCCGCUGCGGAGAAGCAAAAAGCCUGCCAGUUAUUUGACAGCUAGGCACUCGACGUCAGGAUACCGUACAGCCAUAGUGAUACUUGGCUACGUGUCAUCGGCAAUUUAACUGUACGAUAAUAAGUUUACACGUCAAGUGAACCACUUGUUUUGAACAAGAUGAUCUUUAGACCUAGGUGGCUUUAUUUUAGUAAAUUAACGUUAACCAACCUGCAUUGUUGACGGCGAACUAGCAACUUGUUAGCUGGCUAGCAAUAGGGAACCUCCUAGCACUAUUAUGGUUAGCAAGUGUUAGCUACAUUGUCUUACUAUGUCAUUAAUUUGGAUAUCGUCAACAGUCGUUGUUUAUCGAGGCUCAGCUGGAGCUAUCUUGUGUUUACAUGGUCAGCUGAAGUGCUCUGUGAGCAUGUGAUAGUCGUAACAAUACUGGAUCAACUACAGAACAACCUCACUGGAAUAUGGAAAUGGAGCUGGGAGGAAUCUUACAUUUAUCUACAUCCGUCUCUCUCCCAAAACGAGGAUGAUCGGGGCUCUAAAGGAGGACACCUGUGCCUGCUGGACUGUUUGACUUUGUGUGGGAGUUGGACAAUGGACAGGAGUUUGUUUGUCCAUAUUAAAGCUUAACCCGAAGCAAGACUACAUGAGGAGAGUAGGAAACAAACAGUGCUGGGGAAUGAGCCACACAUCUGGCACAGGGAUGAUGCUAAAGGCCCUACUGAUCGCCAGUCUUCUUGGCUGGGCGAAAUGUCAAGAGAGUCAGAGCAUGACGCCAGAGGAGAAGACUGUUAUCAGGGACCAGAUUGUUGAAAUGUUUGAUCACGCUUAUGGCAGUUACAUGAAAUAUGCCUAUCCAGCAGAUGAGCUGAUGCCUCUGAGCUGCAGGGGGAGAGUCCGUGGCCAGGAGCCCAACAGAGGGGACAUUGAUGACUCCUUGGGCAAGUUUUCUCUCACAUUAAUUGACACCCUUGAUACCUUGGUGGUCUUAAAUAAGCUUGAUGAGUUUGAGGACGCAGUGAGGAAGGCUGUGAGAGAUGUACGCCUGGACAACGAUGUGGUGGUGUCUGUGUUUGAGACCAACAUCAGAGUUUUAGGAGGGCUUUUGGGAGCCCACGUGAUGGCUGACCUUUUACGUCAACGUGGGGAGAGGAUGCUGUGGUAUCGUGAUGAGCUCCUACACAUGGCCAAAGAGCUAGGCCAUCGAUUACUGCCUGCCUUUAACACCACAAGUGGCCUUCCCUACCCAAAGGUGAAUCUGCGGUACGGAGUGCUAAACCCACUUUCACGCACAGGCACUGAAUCAGACACCUGCACAGCAUGUGCUGGAACAAUGAUCCUGGAGUUUGCUGCCCUUAGCAGACUAUCAGGAGAGUCUGUGUUUGAGGAAAAUGCAAGGAAGGCCCUGGAUGUCCUCUGGGAGAGGAGACAGAGAGGAAGUGACUUGGUGGGGACUGUCAUCAAUAUCCAUAAUGAAGAAUGGGUCCGGAGGGACAGUGGAGUUGGUGCUGGUAUCGACUCAUACUAUGAGUAUCUGAUGAAGGCCUACAUACUCCUAGGAGACAAUGUUUUUCUGGAGAGGUUCAACAUUCACUACAGUGCCAUUAUGAAGUACAUCAGUCAGCCUCCCCUGCUGCUCAAUGUACAUAUGCACAACCCCACUGUGAGUGUGCGCAGCUGGAUGGACUCUCUCCUGGCAUUCUUCCCUGGCUUACAGGUUUUGAGGGGAGAUCUGAAACCAGCCAUUGAGACACAUGAAAUGCUUUACCAAGUCACCAAACAGCACAAAUUUCUUCCAGAGGCUUUCACUACAGAGUUUAGAGUUCAUUGGGGCCAACACCUACUGAGACCAGAGUUUGCGGAAAGCACCUACUACCUCUAUAAGGCCACUGGCGACCCCUACUACCUCAGAGUGGGACAGUCCAUUGUGGAAAAGCUCAAUGCCUAUGCCAGGGUGCCUUGCGGGUUUGCUGCUGUGCAAGAUGUUCGAACAGGGAUGCAUGAGGACAGGAUGGACUCGUUUUUUCUGGCUGAGAUGUUUAAAUACCUCUACCUGCUGUUUUCGGAGAAGAGUGAGCUUCCCAUAGAUAUCGAUGACUACAUCUUCACCACAGAGGCUCACCUUCUUCCUGUAUCUUUAUCCACCACCAAGCCACCCUGCCAAGACAACAAUACGGAGACAGUUGCUGUCCCUCAAGAAGAAGAUCUGUUCACACACUCUUGCCCCAGCAUGGAGACGUUGUUCCCCAACAACCCCUCAUUUGCCAAGACCAUCCGGGACGGCUACAAGUACCUCACAGGGGUGGGACGAGCGUUCCACCCCUUACCUGUCAGGGAAAUUGAACUGCCGCUCCAUGAUAAUGGUAUGGAGCCAGUAGAGUUCUUGAAAAGUAUGGGCAUUUCUCUUACUCCACUAAAUGAGGUCAUGGCAGGAGGCACCAGAAGUCAGAAGGAGCCUAAGGCAGUGUACCGGGUGAAACUUGUGGCAGAGGUAAACCAGAUGCCUGAGGAGGAGGAGGUGGUCCCUCAUAUUGUUCAACUCAUAUCCCCCCCUUUCCUGGGAAGGACGGUCCUCACAGCAGGACCUGCCAAGUUUGGAAUGGACCUCACCAAGCAGGAGCACGGGGUGAAGGGCGGCAUAGUGAAAGCCUCCCCCUACACUGCAUGUGGGCCAAUAGAUAAUGCAGCAGAGGUUAAAGGCCAUAUUGCCCUGGCGUUGCGCGGUGACUGCAUGUUCGCUGCAAAGGCUCGCCGGCUACAAGAGGCAGGAGCCAUAGGAGUCAUCUUUAUAGACCACCGUGAAGGAAGUAAUAGCAAGGACACUCCCCUCUUUCAGAUGGUUGGAGAUGGUGACUCCACUGAAGACAUAACCCUGCCUUUGGUCUUCCUGUUCAGUCGCGAGGGUGUCAUCCUCACAGCCGCUCUAGAGGAACAUCACAAUGUGGAUGUGCUGCUGCUAUCCAAGGAGAGGCAGCUGGGACAUGAUAAGAUGGAAAAACCUCUCGGCAUGAACAUCAAACUCCGCCUGGCAAGGGAGGGGAAGCUUGAGGAGGGAGCAACAGAAGGGCCUACCUUGGAGUUUGUCUUUGAGAAAGAUGAGAUGCUUGUAAGAGAAGAAGAGCUCAGAGGACAGCAACAGUUGGAGCAGCAGUUCUGCACAAAGGCAGCAGAGAAUGACAGAAUCCAACCGUGCUCGACAUCUCAAACCCCAAACUCUGAUACUGGACCAGAUGCAAACCCUUGACCAGUGCUGAUCCCGGAAGAGCCAAGUUUCCAAACACUGAUCCCUCAUCAGUUUCUGAAUGGCAUGUGCCUCAGAGUCUCUCACUGCCCUACAUGGAGCCCUAACAGACCCAGCCCUCAUGUUUACAACCAAUGAAGGAGUCAAGCAGUGCGAUUGCUACACUCUUGUCCUGUCAUGACUUUGAAGCCUAAAGAUGGUUCUGUAUUUAUUAGACAUAGAGUCAAAGUGGAGCUUUUAUUCUAUGCUGUGCGGGUGAAAUGAGGGAUCAUGAGCCUAAAUUAGGUGAUAAAAACCAAACAGCUGUAAGUUACGAUGACUGGGCUGGUGUUGCUCACACCAAAUCUGAAGUGUUGCUACUGUAGGAAGAAAGAAGCGUCGUUUUCAUUACUCUAACUGAAGCUGCCUCACGUUGUCUCUCCUCCUAUAAUCUGGAAAUCAUUCUCCCUCCACCAUUAUGGAGGAAUCCUCGAGUGCCCUAAAUGAACCUUAAGAAGAGGAGGAGAGAGGAGGCAUCUGGAGGACCUUAGAGCAAGGAAACAGAUGUAUCUCAUGCAGAGGCUUUUAAACGGAUGCCAACACCCCUUUGGUCAAAUGUCUUUAUUGAUUGACCAGCUGACCAGAGUAAACGGUCGGGCUGUUCUUUAAACACAGCACAUCAGGAAAAACUACUUGUGAAAUGACUGAAUCAUGAACCAGUCAAUCAUAAAAUACACUCUUGUAAAUUUUUUUCAUAGCCUCAACCUCAAAGUCCGUUAUCAGCCUGGUGUCACUAAAGGGUGCAUGAAUAACACACCAAUAUUUCCAAUCAGUUCUCCUGUUAUCAGUGCACUUUCAUUUUUUGCACUUUUCAUGUCAUUUUCGGUGCAAAUGUCCUAGAGCAAAAAAAGUUGUGUAAUAUUUUUAAUUUAUGUUAUACACUUAAUGUUUACUUACAUUACAUUACGUGUGCUAUGUAAGUAAACUCAUUUUAACUCAAACCAUAAUCUUUUUGUCUAUGGAACCAAAGGGCUUGCUCUUUUGGCAAUUUCAGCUCCUCCAUCUUUUCCUUGCAUCUUUCUCUUGAUCGCUGCAAGGAGCUAAGAGGUGUGGAUGAGACCCUAGUGAGGGAAGCAGGGAGACUUGCUGGCUUAAUGAAAAGCACCCUGAGGACCUUUCCGCUAUGCCCUCUCCCAACCUACUUUCACUCUGUUUAUACGUCCUUGCGGAGGGUUCACCAAAUGAAUGCCAUCCCAAACCAAUCACAUUGGAGUUGAGGUGGGUUAUAAAACCUUCCCUCAGCAAGUCUACAUUGAUGCGGACUCUCAUUACAUUUUGUUCUGAACGCAGAAAAAAUCAAAUGUAAAAUUACCUCCCCCUAGAAAAACCAGUCCAGGCAAAAAUGCACUCUGCUAGGUCUUUAUGCAGCGCAGUUUAUGUUUAAUGUAGAUUGCAGCUUUUCACUUCAACAACUAAUGGAGUUUAUAUCUGUUGCGCAGCACUGAGACAGGAGUGGGUAUUAUGAAAAGAGUAAGAAGAAAGAGAAAGACAAAUGAGAAAUACAUAAGGGUCCAUCAGCACAACUGUCUGGACCAAAAUUAUUAAACCUUGAAGUCAUGCCUCCGAUUAUGAGAGCGCACUGCCUGAGGAGAUACAACAUGCUCAUUCUACGGCGCCUGGGUCUUAAACCCACAUGAUCAUGUUGAGGUACCCAGAGAAGUGAAUUAUGAGGUGGCUUCACAUAUGAUUAUGACCAAUACAUGAAAGUCCGUCAGCAAAACAGCCUGGACUACAGCCUAUAGCUAUAUAAUUUACUAUAUCUUAAGCAUUCAUGGGCAAACACCAAGGGCAAGUCACGAGCUUGCUGAGGUACCUGCUGAGUGAGGGAUCACAGAUCACUUCACAUUAUGACUUAAGAGGACAGUCUGAAACUGCUUCGUUGCAUUGUUGAUGUCGACUCAAAGCCCCUGAACAUUUUGGUGGAAACUGCAAAGUAAUAGCAUGAAUGGCUGAUUUGUUAUCAAUUUUCAAAGUUUUAAACACCACCACCUGGUCUUCUUGCUUGCAAUGCCUAUUCAAGAAGUUUGGCAAAGGGACCGGACCUAUGUGCAAAGUUUAAUUUAUUUUCAUGCAUGGGAAGGACGAUUUCAUGGUAGUAAUAAUAAUAAUCCUAAUAACUACAACAUACUAAAUGUUCAGUAAUAGUGGAUUAGUACUUGGCCAGUAGGGGGAGUUAGCGGCCAUAACUUCUCAGUAAUAUAAUGUUAGCAAAUGAAGGAGAAGAGCUGGGGCCAAUUAUUUUAUUUUAUUUUGUAAUUAUAAGAUACUUCAGGGAAUUUCAAGAGUGAAUGCAAUUUGCGAGGUUGAUCCAUUUGAUGAAGUGUCUGUGUGUUGAUGGGUUCUGCAUUUUCCCUGUGCUGCAAUGUGUGUGUGUGUUUGUGUGCGCACGGUGUGGAAUAACUUAUGUCAAAGAAUGCAUCUCAACUAAAACAUCAUUGCCAUCAGGUGAGACUCUCAUCAUGCAAGGAAUUAAGAAUAAAAAGUCUGUAGGAUCGAC